ACCACUCCAGCGCCUGGUUCUAGCAGCCCACAAUACACACGCAUAAUCAACCCCUCCAACGCCCUUCACACUUUCAAAAACUUACAUCUCUACUUCCCCCUACCCCAUGACCCCGCUACCCACAUCCCUAUCCCAAGCAAUGUCUACCCAAUUCGACCCCUCGACUCUCCCCAUGAUGACCGUCCAAGUCGCAUCAUCCAUUGCUGUCAGGAGACUACUCAAUAUCGAUCCGAAAGCCCAAACCACAUUCCCCUUUGAUGGCUGGUCCUCCACCACGGUGCUCCUGCAUGCACUGGAAGCUAUCCGGGAAGAACUCCUUGCCGAGCACCACAACCUGAGCAGAGCGAAGCUCAUAUGCCACUACUGGGCAGAUGAUUUCCUUCGAGCCAGGGCUUAUGGGUGGUGGCAUUGGUUCCAUUACGAAAUCGCUUGGAACAGCACAGUGGCCAGUUGGGAGGCACAGCCCGCAGAACAAGAUGUAUCCCCAAACAUCAGAGAGUAUAUUACCUCCCCCUCUAUCGACUUUGGCAGGUUUUUUUGUCCCUGUCCUAUCUCGCCUUGCUCACGUAACCUGUUUUGCAGUUGGAGUGACGCCGCGCAAUGGGUACUAUCAAUGCUGUGUAUAAUCGCAAGUGACGAGGAAAUGAUGAGUCUAAACGGAGGCGCAAGCGGGCCCAAAUCAGUGGCAAUGGAAUGCUUGAAUGUGCUUGUGCGCGGCGAACCCAACUUACCGGAGUUCAAGUGGGAUACUCGCAUGCCCACUGGGAGUGCUCCAGCAUGGAUGAGCCAGGGGAAAACGCCGAACCCAAACGGCCCUGAGUACUUUAGUAAAAUACUACCCCAUCAUUUCUUUCUUUCUUUCUUACUUUGGCUUCUCGAAUUACCUCCCGGGAUGACCACACUAACGGAGAAACCCCCAAAAUAAACAGCCAGCAGAAUGGUGCGGUGGCCGAACGGUAACUUGAAUGUGUUCAUGAGGGUGAGUGCUCAAAUUACACAUCGCCAUGACCUGCGGAUCACUAGCACACUUUUAUAGCCCCUUGCUUGGACUCCAAUGCCAGACCUCGGUCAGGUUGACAUCUUCGAUUCCGAUCCACCUGAUGCACCUACCGGUAGACACCCUGCCGAUGACUAUGACUCGGAUUACGAGUCCGGGUCCGAAGUCAUUGUUGCAGGUAAGUACCCCACCCACUCAUGAUUAAUUAUCAAACAUUGAUAAGUAGAAAACAUAGGCGGCAGCAGUGAAUUCAACGGUAUACAAGAAACUCGGGAAGUGGAGGAGGUAGUAGAGCGGAUGGAAGAGAUGGAGGUUGGGGGGGAGGAAGAGGAGGAGGAGUUACCUCCGCACGGAAUACAGCUUCAGCGAGAAGAGGAAGAGGAAGCUGUCAGAAAUGCUAUCGAGAGGCGCGAAGCCUUGAUCAGGGACAGCAUGGAUCCUAGCCUUGCCUCCAACUUCGACUAUGACUACGACUCCAUUGACGAGGAAGGCGACUAUACCCUCCAUUAA